GCCCCCGGGGCGGGGGGCGGCGCGCGGGCGGCGGGAAGGCGGGCGCGCCGCGCCGCCACAGGGCAACAAGUGAGGCGCUUCGCUCCCCCGGCCGCGGCGUCUUCCCCGCAGCCGCAGCGCUUCGCUGGGCUGUUUGUCUUCCCCUCGCUCCUCUUCGCUGCCAGCCCCGCACCCCCCGCCGCGGGCUCGCACCUCCGCCGGAGCGCGGCCGGUCCUGAGGAGAAGAGCGGCGGCGGGACGGGACGAACCCUCCGCGGCCGCCCCGGCAUCGCCCCUCAGGUGCGGAGCCCCCCGCCCGCGGCCCGCCGCAGCGGCUGGCGGAGCGCGGUGGCAUGGGGCCGCGGUAGGGCGGCAGGCCGGGGGGGGAAGGACCCCCGCCGCGCCGAGGCAGCCCGCCGCCGGGCAGAAGCAUGGUGGAUGUGGAGGCGGCGGCAGCCAGAACCCCGGCGGCGACCCGCGGCAGCCUGGCAAGCAACAUGGAUGUUUUCUAAAGGCUUUGAACAAAUGGACUUCAUGUAUACAGUGAUACUGACACAUAACUAACUGCACAGCUGGAAGUUGCAUAAGCAGAAAUGUGAUGAUUUGUACAAACCUGAACUGGUUGCUAAAAUGGUCUUCAUAUCAGCAUAGCUGAGAAGUUGAAAACGGGCAUUGAAAAACUGUGUGUCAGAUCACCUUUGAGUGUAGAUAUGAGAAAUGAGUGUUGGACGCAGAAGAUUAAAGCUGCUGGGAAUUCUGAUGAUGGUAAACAUUUUUAUUUAUGUGAUUGUGGAAGUCUCAAAAAGUGGCAGCCAAGAGAAGAAUGCAAAAGGCCGUGUUAUUAUACCACACAGCAAAUUCUGGAGAAAAUACACUCCUCACAAAGCUUAUUGGAACAAACAGCAACAGAAGCUUGAGCUGCUUUACAACCCUAUUCUGACCUUGCUUUCCAAUAUGACUGUGGAAGAGAACUUGGUUUCUAACUCAAGUGUGCUCAGUUCCUGUGACCCUGACCCAUGGGUACCUUCAGAGGUUAGUGACUUUGCAAGCUUGCCAGACAGGUUUAAAGAUUUUCUGCUUUAUUUGAGAUGUAGAAAUUAUUCAUUAUUAAUGGAUCAGCCAAACAAGUGCAAACAUAAACCUUUUCUGCUGCUGGCUAUUAAGUCACUUACACCCCAUUUUGAUAGAAGGCAAGCAAUUAGGGAAUCCUGGGGCAAGGAAAUAAUAUCCGGCGAUGUGACAGUCAAAAGGGUCUUCUUACUUGGACAGACCCCACCAGAGGAUAAUUUCCCUGAUCUUUCAGACAUGAUAAAAUUUGAGAGUGAAACCCACCAAGACAUUCUGCUGUGGAACUACAGAGACACUUUUUUCAAUUUAACUCUGAAAGAGGUGCUGUUUCUUAAGUGGGUCAGCAGCAGUUGUGCAGAUGUCCAGUUUAUAUUUAAGGGUGAUGAUGAUGUUUUUGUGAAUACCCAUCAGAUCCUGGAUUACUUGAAGAGCUUAUCAAAGGACAAAGCCAAAGACUUAUUUAUAGGCGAUGUGAUCAAAGAUGCUGGACCUCACAGAGAAAAAAAAUUGAAGUACUACAUCCCAGAAAGUGUUUAUGAAGGUUCAUAUCCUCCAUAUGCAGGAGGUGGUGGGUUUCUGUACUCUGGUGAUCUGGCGUUAAGGCUGAAUAACGCAUCUGACCAGGUACUUCUUUACCCUAUUGAUGAUGUUUAUACUGGAAUGUGCCUUCAGAAACUUGGGCUUGCUCCGGAAAAACACAAAGGCUUCAAAACAUUUGAUAUUGAAGAGAAAUACAGAAAUAACAUAUGUUCCUACACAAACUUAAUGUUAGUACAUAGUAGAAAACCUCAAGAAAUGAUUAAGAUUUGGACACGCUUGCAAGAUCCACACUUAAAUUGUUAAAGUAAUGUGCAUAAGUGUCUUGAGUCCAAAUAACUUUCCAGGUUUGGGUCUGACUUUCUUGGUGGACCAUUGAAGCUCUGUUUAAUAGUUUAAUUUUCUCUGGAAAUUUUUUCCUGUACUUUUGAAAAUGGGAAAUAUAGUAAAAUUUGAGGGGAUGGCUUGAAGACUUGGUCCUGAUUUUUCCACUGUAUCGGUAGUCGUUAUGUUUCAAUAUUUGUCUUAAUUUUAGAAAGGACUUCAAGGAUGUAACUAGCUGUCAGUGACUGGUUAGCUGUAUUUGAAACAGGGAUUGCCUACUACAGUGCAUCUUUCAUUAAGUGUGAUGGUGGAAGACAAUUUUUCCUUGGGUAGUGCUUGUGGGUGUGUGGAAACCACUGUAAAUUGAAAAUUCAGAAAUCGGAGGAACAUAGUUUUACUUUUAAGUAUGAAACGCUCUUAUGAGACUUUAAAUGCUGAAUUUUUUUAAUUUAUGGUUUUCAGUCUUUUUUGCACCCCAGAACAGUAUUUUCUCUUUUACUUGGUGAUCUUUCAUGCAAAGCGAGCCUGUGUCUGAAGGGACAUACCCUUUUAUUAGGUGAUGCUUUUUUAAUCAAAAACUGUUUGAAUAAUACUGUUUGAAACACCCAUAAAAGCUGAAUAUGUAAGGAAAAGGAAGAACAGGUUUUGUUUGGGGCUGGGCAGUAGGUACAGUCAGGUCUGCCCCCUGCCCCAAGCAUACAUGAGGUAAAGCUGACUUGUUGCUCGUGUUACUUAUGUGAAAAGCUACUCUGGUCAGUCCUUGUUUUCUGUUUUGGCACUAAAUGUGGUCAGGUAGCUUGAUUUGAUGCAAGUAACUGAAAUUGCACAUUGCUUACGAGAGCAUGGUUUGGAUCUCUCCUGUAAAGCGGUAGCAAAUCUAGAAUUGUGCAGAUCCUGAGUUUUGAAUUUUGAAACAAACUUUGCAGUUGCAUGAUAUCUCAUGUAGAGUUAAACAUGUUCUCAAAACUCUGAUAAUUUUCUCUAUUUCCACAUCUUGCUUGUAAGAGUUAUUCUAAAUAGUGGUUGCUUCUUUUGUAUAUGUAGAAGUGCCUGUCUAUUUAUUGUUCAGAUGGAAGACCAAAACAUUUUCUUAAAUAUAUUUUGUGUAACAUUUUAUUUGUAUAGUGUUGUCACUCAGAUAUUUAAAUAGAGCAUGAUAUUUUAAAUAUGUGAGAUGUGUAACAUGUUGAAUAAAGCUAAUUGUUAUUUUUGAAUUUGAAAAAUAAAAUGUGAUUUAAAUA